AGUGGAGAGAGAGUGAGUGAGUGAGUGAAGUGAGGAGUGAAGAGAGAGAGAGAGUGUGUGAGACUGUGUGACAUGCGAAGUUGGCGGUUUAGGGUUUAGGACCUUUUCCUUUUCUCUGCUCUGUAAAUUCUCAUAAUCCAAACUCACAACGUCUUCAUCGUCAUUAAUGGUGCUUCGUUUCUCUGGCUUCCCUCUUUCUUGUUAAGUUGGUUGGUACGGUGUCAAACUCAACCUCAUACUUAUUCACUGCUGAAAUGCUCUGCAACUUCUGGGGUUGUGUCUGAGAACGGCUGCUUGAGAUUUUGACCUGUCCCCAUGGCGCAGUGGGGUGUUCGCCGUCAUGUGGUCUUCAAAAACCCAAAUGAAAUUGAAGACAAGAAGCCUUGUUUGCUCUCAUCAACCGCUACUGAUCAGGAAGAGAAAGGGGUUGUUGUCAAGACUGAAACCCUUCAAUUACCACAGCCAGGACUUACCAAGAGGAAACGCCUUAACCGAACUCAACUCAAAGAGGUCAAGGCUGCAGCAUUACAUGUCAAGCAGAGGCAAGGUAGCUCCAAGCACAAGUCCAAAAAGCGUGAUUGUCACAUAGACAGGUGGUCUGCUGAGAGGUAUAAGCAGGCAGAAAAAAACAUGUUGGACAUUUUGAAGGCUGAAGGAGCAACGUUUCAGAACCCAAUAUCCAGACCAGCACUGAGAACUGCAGCCCGAAAAUGCAUAGGUGACACGGGUCUGCUUGAUCAUUUACUGAAGCACCUCGAUGGCAGAGUGGCCCCGGGUGGGACUGAGCGGUUUCGACGGUGGUUUAACACCACUGGUGUGAUGGAGUACUGGUUGGAGGAUGCUGAACUUGUUAACGUACGACAGCAGGCUGGGGUGCAGGAUCCGUAUUGGAUUCCACGGUCGGGGAUGAGCAUGAGGCCAGUGGGUGAUGAUUCUGUUACUGCUCAAGAACUGAAACUGCUUAGGACUGAGUUGAACAAAAUGAAGAGUGAUAUGGAAGACUUAGCGUGCAAGAAGAAAGAGCAAUACGAUGGCAAUCAAAUUGGGGAAAUGCUUAAGGAAAUGGUGAAAUGGAAAGCUGAGACUGAUCAAAACCUGAAAGUGAUUUUAACUUCUUGGAAGAGCAUGCAGGGCAUGUAUGAGGAUUUAAUAACUUGGAAAGCCAAACUCGAGCAGCAGCUGGUAGAGAUUAGAAGUUUCGUAAGUAGUAUGCAGGAAUCUCAGCAACAAAAUCCUGCUUCCAGCCCUCAAGCUCACGAACAGUGGGAAGAUUGGUUAGAGAGUACCAAGCUCGACGAUGGUCAGGGAAACGAACUUAUACCUUGGUUCGAUAGUACUACUACCAGCCUUCUUAAUGUUGAGCAGGAGAUUGUGAUGCAAGAUCUCUACUCAUUGUUGCCUCUUCCUUCCAAGACCGGCGAUUGCCUAUCUCAGGGCGCUGCUUCUUCAAGAGAAAUGGAACAACUGAAGGACAAAAUGAUCAAGAAGGAUGGCCAGGAGUUUCCGAAGAAUCAGAAAGAAGAUCAUGCUAACGUGACACCAGAUUCGUCCAUUACUGCUAAUUCCAUGUCAGAUUUCCACAAUUCAUCGUUUCUGUGUCAGGAAAUGUUUCUAGAGUUGUUUAAUUGGAAGGCUAAAAUGGAAGAGAAGGUGAAUGAAAUAGCUAGUUGUGUCAAUAUGAUUAGGCAGCCAUCAAAUUAUUAGAUUGGUUGGACUUGGGUAGUUCAUGUGUUGAGGAGGGUAUAGAGGUAUGAAUUGUUUUGUUCCUAGUUGUUACUUAGUAGAGAGUAGGAUUUUAAUUUUUAGAUGAUAGCAUUGUUAGAUAUGCAUGAACUACAACCAACUAACGAGUAGGACUGACUUAUUAUAGCCAAGCUUAUGGGAUGAUGAUGAUGAGGAUGUGAUACACUAUUUACUAUCACUAUUACCAGUAGUAGUUACUACUAAAUACUAUGCUUGUGAACUUUAUCAACAACCCAAAAGACCUCUUAAUAUCAUUAUUUGGAAAAAAGAAGAAGAAGUUGUUGAUAUACAUGUUAUUA